AUGACAGCCUCACGCAUGAAGUCGUGGUUCCCGACCACCGCGUCGCCUUUGAUAAUUAGCGCUCCCAUGGCCGGAGUCACUAAUAUAAAGCUAGCAGCUGAAGUAACAAAAGCUGGAGGUUUAGGUUUCAUCCAGGCUGGCCGGGACUUCAACCCGGAUUCGCCUGCGCUAAAGAAACUUGAUGAUCAACUCACCCAAGCCUGGCAACUCCUCGACCUGGAGGCAUAUAAGAACGACAGCAGCCACCUACCCAUCGGCGUUGGGGCCCUCACAUUUAUGCCAUCUGCGCAGUACUUUGCUGAGACAGUUGUGCCGAUUUUGAAGCGGCACAGGCCAGCUGCGAUAUGGCUAUUUGCGCCGUCGCCUAAAGCACCGGACACUCACUCGACUAUCGUAAAGGAGCUAAGGUCUCGGGGAGGUCCGUGGAAUCCCAAGAUCGUAGUCCAGGUCGGAACUGUGGCGGCUGCUCGGGAGGCGGCUGCUUACGGAGCUGACAUAAUCGUCGCUCAGGGCGUCGAUGCCGGCGGUCACCAGUGGGCGAAAGGUGCUGGUAUUGUGAGCAUAGUCCCCGAAGUCAUAGACAUGUUGCGCGAAGAGUUUCCCGACAAGGAGAUCCCGGUUUGGGCUGCCGGCGGUAUCGCUGAUGGUAGAGGGGUUGCGGCAGCGCUGGCAUUGGGUGCUGAGGGCGCUGUACUCGGUACAAGGUAUAUGGUAGCAACCGAGUCCGAUGCGCAAGACUAUAAGAGAAAGGCGGUCAUAACUACGUCGGAUGGAGGCUCCAAUACGGUAAAAAUCAAGUAUGCUAACAACUCGCGCCUCCCCGCGCCGCCAAGGUCGCAAGUCCACGACCACAUCACAGGCGAGAUACACUGGCCCGAGAUCUACGACGGCCGCGCCAUCGUUACCCCAACGUACCACGACCACGUCGCCGGGGUACCUCUAGAUGAGAACGCGAAGCGGCUCAACGCCGCCAAGGAUAGCGGCGACGUGUCUAGGCUGGUCACUUGGUCGGGAACGGGAGUCGGUUUGGUUAAGAAAGAGCAGCCGGCUGCGGACAUCACGAGAGAGGUGAGGGAUGAGGCGCUGAAGGCGAUUAAUAGUCUGAAGUCGUUCCUUUAAACGGGUUCGUGAUAGAGCCCUGCAACGAGUGAGUAUGCCUUUUGGUCUUAUGGCAUAUUCUUUUCUCUUAUCCAUUAUUCUUUAUUUCUUAAGGGCAAUAGUUCGUUGCCAUACGUCUCUCGAUGCUGACUCUAGAUAUUAAUAGGUACACAUAGUUUAUGAGACAUGACGGAGAGGAAGUUGGUAGCUUUUCUCUACUCUUCCAAGAAGCCAGACCCCUAGGUUUAUUGAGUCUCCUCGCGUUAUUCCCCUAUAAUAUGAGGUUUCCAUGUGCCGCCACUAUGUCUACGACUUGUCUAGGUUAG